AUGGAACAGUGGACUCUUGAAAGUAGGAGUGGGGGACCUGGUAUUCCAUGGACGUCACUGGUAUACAGAACAUAUAAUCAGGGACUGAAGGAAAUUCACCCAGUUUGUAAAGACCAUUCGUGUGAGAGAGUCGUUUCAUCGUUCGUCUUCGUUCGAAUUCACGUGAACUUUAUCCAACAUAGUUUUUUUUUGUUUUUAAUACUUGAUUGAUUAAUGAAUAAUUCUUAACCUUAAGACUCGUUUCCAUAUCAUUUGUACAUACAUUCUGAGUCAUAAAACUAAUGUUUCUGUCAAAAGUCUUCAUUGCACGAGUUUUUCGUAUACGUAUAUCAUAGAUCGAAUUCUCCAGAUUAACAAUACGUAAUAAAAGGUGUGUUUGUGACAGCUAUUAAAAUUAAAAGUGAAACGGCCAGUAUGAAGAUCUUAAGAAUUGCUACGCUGUUCACUGUCGUUCUGGGAUGCUGUGCCUUCAGUGUUACUGCGUCCGCAAUCCCUAUGUGGGAAUUCCUCUCCAGGGGUGAGAAAGUAAGAAAUGCUUCCACGUUCCGUUGUAAACUAAUUAUAUGCUAUACCGUAAUAUUUUUCUAAAAAAAGAAAAAUUUGAAAAAACUAUACGCAAAUAAAACUGUUAUUAUAGGCAUUUAAUAGGCAUUGUAAAACAAACAUUACUUUUAUAUAUAUUAUAUAUUUAUAUAUAUAAACUUGGAGUUAUAUUACCUAACCUUCCAUUAAUAAACUUGUUUAUGUACGCCUCAAGAUUUUUUUUUUAAUAAAGUAGACUUUAUACCACAAUCGUCUGCACGUAAUAUCAACAAAAGCAGACUUUCACCGAACAUAAUCAGCUGCAUUCGCUGAAAAUGCUCUUGUGCAGUCCGGUCGAGUGUAAUUGCGCGAGCGCAAUUUGGACGUUGACUUUUCUCAUGACAUUGUGUCCUUCUUAUAACACUACUUUUUCUGGAAAUAAUCUCAGAGGCAACAGUUUACGAUCAAGGAGUUUUGUCAUCCGUUGAUAAUCGCCUUAACAGUAGACUUAAUUGAUCAAUUUUUCCAAUACUCUUCUCUGUAGAAUUGUUUUUUUUUUAUUAACCUUAUAACAGAAUGUCCUUUUGUUAAUCUUAUGGUAAGUGUCUAGACUAUAUGUUUAAAUAUUUGGAAUUCAAGUUAGCUAAUCGUGAUUAUUAAUAUCUUAUCUAUUAAUAUAUUUUAGUUCAUCUUUUAACAGAUGAAUGAUUAA